GCCGUCCUCAACAUCAGCCACAAGGACACAGCCAGCUUACACAGCCAUACCUCGAAUCUUGAUAAAUCACAUACAAAAUGGCAGCCAAGCCCUUCGACUCCUCCAAGCUGCAGGCGUUUGGCAACGCAGCAGCCGGCCAUGACGGCGUCCUCAGCGAUGAGUCUGGCGCGGUCGUCGUCAAGCCAUGCACGGCGGCCGAGAUCGGCUUCUACGAGACUGUAGUCUCCUCGCACUCGGAUCUCCUCCCUCACCUCCCCAUCUUCCUGGGCCAGCUGUCCCUCGACUCCCCAGCCGAUGCCUCCGAAGACACGGGCAUCAUUGAGACCGCCGACGGCACGACCGAGCGUCUGCACGGCAAAAAGCUAGCCACAGACCUGCACGUUGUUCUUGAGAACAUCACACACGGGUUUAAGAAGCCUAACGUGCUGGACCUGAAGCUCGGCGCACAGCUAUGGGACGACGAUGCAAAGCCUGACAAACGCGCGCGCCUCGACAAAGUCAGUGCCGAGACCACAAGCGGAAGCCUGGGAUUCAGGAUAGCGGGUAUGCGGACGUGGCUGGGCGCGGCUCCACCGGAGGUUCCGGAGGACCUGGCGCAGUAUGUUGAGCAGGACAAAGAGAGCGGUUACUGGGUGUACAACAAGAUGUACGGGCGCAAGUUCAGCGCCGAGGGCAUCGAUGAAGGGUUCAAAGCCUUCUUCCCUCAGGGCACCGAGGCCGAGAAAGCGCGGGCGAGAGAGGUGCUUGCGUACUUCCUUGGCGAGGUCAAGGACAUCCAAGAAGCGUUCGAGGCCAAGGAGAGCAGGAUGUACAGCGCGAGUAUCCUGCUCGUGUACGAAGGCGACGUCGAGGAGUACGAGAACACAAAGAAGGUACUAAGGUCUGCACGGCCCGAGUCCGAGGAAGACGAGGAUGAAGACGAGGCUGUGCCGAAGCUGGCAGCGGUCAAGAUGAUCGACUUUGCACACGCAACUUUUACGCCUGGGCAGGGACCCGACGAGAAUGCGCUCAAGGGUAUGAGGAGCACGGCGACCAUCCUGAAGAGGCUGUUGGAUAGUGCUGAGAAGGACGCCUGAAUAUCUGAUGACAUUUUGCUGCGAUUUUAGCGUGUAGAUCAAGGGCUCGGAAAUUGACAUGACCAUUCCAACCUGCCCGUAUGGUGUUGUGCGUCCACUUGACGAGCCAUAGUGUCGGCGGAUGCCACAAUGUCUGACCACGAUUCUAUCCAGUGCUCGAAUUAAGCAGAGCAGCACGCCUGACAACAGCAUUUGACACAGUUC